AUGCCAAAUGAUUCGACUUCUGCAUCCCCAAGACAUGUUGUAACGCUGCCUGCGCGACCAUCUGCACCGCUUACUCAACGUGCUUUGCCUAGCCGCGACGUGUCCGAAGAGACUAUCGUCGAUGCAUAUGUUGCGUUUAUCCUGUACUGUAAUCCGUAUUUUCCGCUGGACAUCGAUACUUCUGACUUGAGACGCAUCUUUCAAACGCCACCUCGUAGCGAUGGCAAAGAUUUCAGUAUAUUCACAUUGUGGGGGCUCGUACAAAGGUUCGACAACAAGGACAUCAAAACGUGGACACAACUAGCCUUAGAAUUGGGUGUAGAGCCUCCAUCAGCAGAAAAAGGCGGUAGUGUCCAGAAGGUACAGCAGUACUCUGUCAGGCUGAAGCGCUGGAUGCGGGCAAUGCAUGUCGACGCCUUCUUCGAGUAUCUGCUUGGUAAGAAGCAUUCUUACUAUCUGGACUUACCACCACCGCAUGACCCACACCCUUCCAGGGGGCGAGACGGAGUGCCAGCUGAUGAAGAUCUCGCCAUCAGAGCGUUGGAUCCUUCGUUUCGUCCUAAGAGAGGUCGAAAGAGAAAUGAGACGCCAGAGAAAGAUCCCACUCCUCAAAAAAAGCCUCUACUCACAACUUCCUUCUCUUAUGAAGGUCGAGUCCUCUAUGCUCAGCCUCAGGCAUCAUAUACCGCAUCUGCAAUCCCGUUGAGUGCUAGACCUUCAGAAAACUUCGCUAAUGAUAUGUGGACACCACCGAACUCUACUUCAAGACGACCAAUUCCACAUUCCGCAAUAGCUGCUCGACCACCGCAACAUCUUCAAUGGCCGGUGGAAGGGCCUCAUGAUACGGCCACGACUCCACAUCCCAUGUCAGCCCUUGAACCCAGAGGACCAGGCUUGCCAGCAUAUGACGAGCCGAUGUCGGCCAUCACUCCAGGAUCUUCUCGCGGCAGAUCACGUAGAAAGCAUGGUCCUGCAGUUUCUUCUGCUUGGACGACCGCAAACGCAACAAAUGCUAGAGCUCGAGGUAGGCCCCCAGGCAAUCGAUCAGUUCAGGACGGACCAUACACCACAUUCCCAGCAGAUCCAAGCGCCGAGAGAUCGGCAUCGCAGAGAAGUACUCCAGCUCCGGUGGAUGAUGAUGCACCACCGCGUCGACCUGAACGUGGACGCCUAUCUUUGCAAGUGCCUGAAAAUACUGGUGGUCCGAUACAACCUGCCACACCAUCAGUGGUUGCGAACGAAGAGUUUGGCCGCGCAUCAGAAGAUCUCAUGCCAAUGGAUACUGAGCCCACAAUCUCCAGUUGGCCAGAGCCACAAGCUCGGCCGACCUCACAUACCCCUGCCUCGCGCCAGAGCCAGAAUCCUGAGCCUGAAGUAGGCCUUGCAUACGAGGCUCUCAAGCGGGUUCUCGCCGCCGACCUCCUUCGUGCAGACUUCUCUGGCAGAUCGAGCAGAUUGCUAGGACCUGAAGCGAUGCGCUUGUCCGAUGCGAUUCUUCAAAGGUUUGGCAUACCCAAGGCAGAUUCUGACAACAAAAGAGAUGAUGCCCUUCGUAUUGCGGCCACGAGCUGGCUUGGUGUAUCACGACAACUCGGCUUUGACUCUGCUAAUCCAUGUAAGGAGAAGGAGAUCACGGUGCAAAGGUUUGCAAUCAGAGCCAAUGGUCUUGAGGAACAGAUCGGCCCAGACGAACACGCAGAAAGAGUCAAAGAGAAGUUCGAUGUCAGUUGGUCUGCUGGUUUUGGUGGCGUGGGUGGCAAGUUUUGUGUUGUCGGACUCGAGAUCGAGCCGGAAGAAGUGGAUCCGAACGAUGCAGAAGCUCGCGCGCAUGAGAUGAUUAAGGAGGUUGCCAAUAUGAAGGAGUCUGAGAUUGACUACAAGGCAAAGUACAUGGCCCUUGAUUUCACGGUCAGACUCAUGAAGGGUCAGCUGAACAGGUUGCAAGACAAGGUGCUGGACGCUUUGUUGUAA